AUGACAGUGGCUUACGAUGGAAGCCUCUUCAGAUACUCUGUCUUCCUGGUUCUGUGCAACCGACUGGCUGCAGUCGUCUUUGCUGUCUCCAUGGCAAUUGCAAAGGGCGAGUCCAUGAAGAAUGAGGCACCCCUGUGGAAAUAUCUCGUUGUCUCGCUGUCCAACGUGUACGCCAGCUCCUGCCAAUACGAGGCCUUGAAGUAUGUCUCCUUUGCAGUGCAGAUGCUCGGGAAGAGUUUCAAGAUGAUGCCUGUAAUGAUUUGGGGCAUGAUCAUCUCCGGAAAGUCCUACAGUGCGAGGGAUUGGGUGGUUGCUCUGUCUGUCACCCUGGGCUGCACCGAGUUCCUGAUGACAGGACCAACGCACUCCAAAGUUGACGCCAACAACAGCUUCAAGGGCUUUUUCUUGCUUGGCGGAUUCCUGGCCUUAGACGGCUUGACGUCAACCUUCCAAGAGAAGCUGUUCAAGGAGCACAAGACCACUAAGUAUAACCAGAUGUUGUACAUCAACCUUCUCUCAGCCACGGUUUCAUUUCUAACCCUCUUGUUGACCGGUGAGAUGGGACCAGCAGCAGCAUUUGGCUUCGCCCACCCGCGCUUCUGGCUGGAUUGUGGCUUGCUCAGCGCAUCAGCGGUUGCAAGCCAGUUCUUCAUUUACUCGCAAAUCAAAGAGUACGGGGCUCUGGUCUUCGCUGCAACGAUGAAUGUCCGCCAAGUUGUGUCCAUCUUGGUCUCCUAUGUGAAGUAUCACAACCCAGUGACGCAGUUGCAAGUUCUGGGUCUGUGCCUCAUCUUUUUCGCCCUCUUCUACAAGUCCAUUGCCGCCAUGAUGGCGGCACCCAGCAAAGAGGAAAAGAUGCCAAUCCUGGCGAACCAGAAAGAGAUCGUGGAGUCCACAUCGGAGCGAAAUGAUGCUGGCAAAGCUGUGUGA